AAGAGAGAGCGGCGGGCAUCUCUUAUCCUCUCCUCCUCCCUCCCUCCUUCGUUGAGCGGCAUCUCCUCCCUGAUCGAUCGAUCGCGGCCAGGCGCGGCGGGCGAGCAGGAGAGAUCUUGCGCCACAGCACUUGGAUUCUUGGAGCCUGAUCAGGUGGGAAAUAUUUCGCGAAAUCGCGAGGUAUUUGGAUCGCCGUUCGUUCUUCAAGAACGAGCGCAUUUCCCCCGGGGCGCCACAGAUUUCACGCGAGAAUGACAGGGAUUUGAGCGCCGGAAAUCACCGUUCUUGAGAUACCAUGGCGCACUCUGGUAAGUUUGAGCACAUCGAUGCGUGGGGGAACAACAGCCGGCGCGGCAGCCUGCGCAGUAGCAGCGUCCGCAACUGGGGGAUCGGUCCCGAGAGCGUCUUCAGCCGAUCUUCCACCUCGCGGACGGUUCCCGCGGCGAACGACGAUGAGGAGGCUCUCCGGUGGGCCGCGCUGGAGAAGCUGCCCACGUAUGAUCGGCUGCGCACCACGAUCCUCAAGAACCUCCAGGGCAGCCGGGUUGUCCACCAGGAGAUCGAUGUGCGGAAUUUGGGGCCGCUGGAGCGGCAGAUCCUCAUGGACAAUCUCAUCCAGGCCACCGAGGAAGACAAUGAGAAGUUCCUCAAGAAGCUCCGGAAUCGAAUCGACAGAGUCGGGAUCGAGCUGCCCACCACCGAGGUGCGCUUCGAGAAUGUGACGAUCAAUGCGGAAUGCAUGGUGGGAGGAAGAGCGCUGCCCACACUCUGGAACGCUGUCAGGAACACGGCAGAGAUGCUCCUCGGCGUCGUGGGAAUCUCUACUGGAAAAAGCACCACUCUUACAAUCCUCAAGGAUGUGAGUGGAAUCAUCAAGCCUGGAAGGAUGACGCUCUUGCUUGGUCCUCCGAGCUCAGGAAAAACGACAUUGCUACUUGCAUUGGCUGGAAAAUUGGACCCAACUCUCAAGACGAGGGGACAAGUCACAUACAAUGGCUACGAGCUUGACGAGUUCGUUCCGCAAAAGACGUCGGCUUAUAUCAGCCAGCACGAUCUACACGUCGGUGAGAUGACUGUUCGCGAGACACUGGAGUUCUCAGCAAGAUGUCAAGGAGUCGGUACUCGAUAUGAGUUAUUAGCGGAGCUUGCGAGACGAGAAAAGGAAGCGGAGAUUCUUCCCGAUGCCCACAUUGAUCUCUACAUGAAGGCCACAGCCACUGAAGGUGUCCAGAAUGCCAUUAUCACUGACUACACUUUGAAGAUUCUUGGCCUUGAUGUCUGUGCGGACACGAUGGUGGGAGACGACAUGAGACGUGGAAUUUCCGGAGGGCAGAAAAAGCGAGUCACCACAGGAGAAAUGAUAGUUGGGCCUACGAAGACUUUGUUCAUGGACGAGAUCUCAACAGGUCUUGACAGCUCCACCACCUUCCAGAUCGUGAAAUGCCUCCAGCAAUUUGCUCACGUUAUCGAAGGGACCGUGUUCAUGUCACUCCUCCAACCAGCGCCCGAAACUUUCAAUCUCUUCGACGACAUCAUUCUUCUUUCAGAGGGUCAGAUUGUGUAUCAGGGCCCGAGGAAGUACGUAAUGGAGUUUUUCGAGAGCUGUGGGUUCAGGUGUCCCGAUCGGAAAGGCAUUGCGGACUUUCUGCAGGAGGUAACUUCUCGCAAAGACCAGCAGCAAUACUGGGCUGAUAGUCGUCGACCAUACAAAUACAUUUCCGUCAAAGAAUUCACUGAAAGAUUCAAACAAUUUCACGUUGGACAGCAGCUGACCGCGGAACUCAAGCAUCCAUACCACAAGUCCAGCAGCCACAAAGCAGCUCUAGUCUUCAAAAGAUACUCUGUGAGCAACCUGGAACUUUUCAAAGCAGGAUUUGCUAAAGAGUGGUUGCUGGUGAAGCGAAAUUCUUUCGUCUACGUCUUUAAAUCCGUGCAGAUUGUUAUUAUGGCUUUCGUUGCCAUGACCGUUUUCUUGCGAACGAGAAUGCAUCAAAGAAAUCUCAACGACGCAAAUGCUUACCUGGGGGCCUUAUUUUUCUCGCUCAUCACCAUCAUGUUUAACGGAUUCUCUGAGGUUUCAAUCACUAUCACUCGCCUUCCCGUGUUUUUCAAACAGCGAGACUUGCUCUUUCAUCCGGCAUGGGCUUACACGCUACCAACUUACGCCCUGAGCCUUCCAUUUGCAAUGAUUGAGUCCUUUAUAUGGACUGCCAUGACUUAUUAUGUCGAGGGGCUCGCACCCGAGGCCGGACGAUUUUUCAAGCACUUUCUAGUGCUCCUGCUUGUGCAUCAAAUGGCAUCGUCACUUUUCCGCUGCAUUGCGGGUUUGUGCCGGACUAUGAUCAUCUCGAACACCGGAGGAGCCUUUUCGCUACUUGUCGUGUUCGUGCUUGGAGGAUUCAUUAUAUCAAAAGAUAGAAUUCCGUCGUGGUGGAUAUGGGGUUACUGGAUUUCUCCUCUAACAUAUGCAGACAGUGCAAUCAGUAUCAACGAGCUGCUAGCGCCUCGCUGGCGACAGCCCGUGGUGAACUCAACGCUCACGCUGGGUGUUAAAGCUCUUCGAGACAGAUCGUUUCAGUAUAGAGGCUAUUGGUUCUGGAUUGGUGUCGCAGCUUUAGUUGGUUUUGUUACACUUUUCAACGUUAUCUAUACACUGGCUUUGACAUUCUUGAAACCUCUCGGAAAGCCUCAGGCUGUUAUCUCCGAGGAAUCUAUGGCAGAGAUCCAAGCCAGCCAGCAAGGUACUGAAUAUGAUCCGUACGCGAAAUCCCAAGAACGUUCAAACAGGAGAUCCCUCCCGCGCUCACUAUCUUCUACUGACGCGAACAACUUGGGCGGUGUUCAAAUGCAGAGAAUCUCAAUGGGGAGAGAAGACAUGAAUCUGGCAACCGUAGAGGGACUUGCUCCAAAGCGGGGAAUGAUUCUACCUUUCACACCUUUGUCAAUUUCGUUCAAUGAUAUAAGCUACUUUGUUGACAUGCCAGCGGAAAUGAAGGAGCAGGGAGUUACGGAGCCCCGGCUUCAGCUGUUAAACAAUGUGACUGGAGCUUUCCGCCCCGGGGUGCUCACUUCACUCAUGGGUGUCAGUGGUGCUGGAAAAACAACACUGAUGGACGUCCUGGCGGGAAGGAAGACUGGCGGCUACAUCGAAGGCGAUAUCAAAAUUUCUGGCUAUCCCAAAAAGCAAGAAACUUUCGCGAGGAUUUCAGGCUACUGUGAACAAAACGACAUUCACUCGCCACAAGUGACCAUUCGGGAGUCUCUGAUAUUUUCGGCGUGGCUGCGACUAUCUAAAGACGUUGACGCCGACAGCAAGAUGCAAUUCGUCGACGAAGUUAUGGAGCUGGUGGAAUUAGAGAGCCUCGGGGACGCAAUCGUUGGCCUUCCUGGAGUGACUGGACUAUCCACUGAGCAACGCAAGCGUCUUACAAUAGCCGUGGAGCUCGUAGCAAAUCCUUCCAUCAUCUUUAUGGACGAGCCAACGUCCGGGUUGGACGCAAGAGCUGCCGCAAUCGUGAUGAGAACGGUGAGGAACACAGUCGACACUGGAAGAACCGUCGUAUGUACCAUCCACCAGCCGAGCAUUGACAUCUUCGAGGCCUUCGACGAGCUUCUCUUGUUGAAGAGAGGAGGGCAGGUUGUCUACGCUGGGCCGCUAGGCAGGAAUUCCCAAAAGCUGAUCGACUACUUCGAAGCGAUUCCGGGAGUCCAGAAGAUUAAAGACGGCUAUAACCCCGCAACAUGGAUGCUUGAGGUGAGCUCAACGAGCGUGGAACAGAAAAUGAACGUGGACUUUGCAAACAUCUACUUGAACUCGUCACUCUACCAACGGAACAAGGCUCUUGUGAAGGAGCUGAGCGUCCCAGCUCCUGACAGGCGAGACCUCCACUUCUCAACGCAGUACUCUCAAUCCUUUUACGGUCAGCUCAAGUCGUGCUUGUGGAAGCAAAACUGGACAUACUGGAGGAGUCCCGAUUACAACUGCGUCCGGUUCUUGUUCACAAUCAUGUCAGCGCUCUUGUUUGGAUCGAUCUUUUGGAACGUUGGACCAAAGAGGAGUAGACAACAAGAUCUCUUUAACGUGGCUGGUGCAAUGUAUGGUGCUACCAUGUUUUUGGGGGUCAACAAUUGCUCCACAGUCCAGCCAGUUGUCGCCACCGAGAGAACUGUGUUUUACAGGGAGCGUGCUGCUGGAAUGUACUCGGCCCUUCCUUAUGCUCUAGCUCAAGUUCUUAUCGAGAUACCAUACAUUUUCCUGCAAACGAUCUUCUACGCCGGCAUCACGUACUCGAUGAUCAACUUCGAGUGGAGCGCUGCCAAGUUCAUGUGGUACUUCUUCGUCAUGUUCUUCACUUUCAUGUACUUCACGUACUACGGCAUGAUGGCCGUGUCGAUCACCCCAAACCACCAGGUCGCUGCCAUCAUGGCCUCUUCCUUCUACUCGCUCUUCAAUCUCUUCUCGGGCUUUAUGAUUCCCAAGCCGAGAAUUCCAAAGUGGUGGAUCUGGUACUAUUGGAUCUGUCCGGUUGCGUGGACAGUGUAUGGCCUGAUCGCGUCCCAAUAUGGAGACGAUCUCACGCCUCUCACCACACCCGAUGGCCGACGCACGACCGUCAAGGCGUUUGUGGAGAGCUACUUUGGUUACGACCACGACUUUUUGGGUGCCGUCGGGGGUGUCUUGGUCGGCUUCUCGGUCUUCUUCGCCUUCAUGUUCGCCUACUGUAUCAAGUACCUCAACUUCCAACUGAGGUAG